AUGGGUUUUGACAUUGUAAUCAUAGGCGCUGGUAUCGCUGGCCUCGGAUCAGCGAUAGCAUUGAGGAAUAAAGGCCACCAGGUCACCGUACUAGAAGCCACAACUGAACUGCAGCCGGUUGGAGGCAUCAUUGUUCUACAGGCAAACGCUAAUCGGAUCCUGGACGGCUUGGGUGUUUAUCAAGCCUUACUACCUUCUUGCACCAAGCUUCCUCAAGGGCCCAGUACAAGACGAUAUGACAAUGGAGAGUAUUUGGUCAAGAAGCCAGCAGAUUUCCAUGAGAAAGAAUACGGCUACCCGUUGUGGCCUUUGCAUAGAGCAGAACUGCAGCGUGUGCUUUACAAUGCGGCUAUAGACCGAGGGGUGGCGUUUAGGUUCGGAAAUCGCGUAGUAUCGAUCGAAGAUGAUGACACAUCUGUGUCCAUUACGCUAGCAGACUCUCAGAGAGCAUUGAAGAUUGCAGCUGAUGUGAUUGUUGGAGCAGAUGGUGUCGAAUCUCAGGUUCGCAGAAGUGUUGGUUCUGAUGCAUGUUCUCCCAUUGACAGUGGAAUGACUGUCAUACGAGGGUUCAUAUCCGAAGAUACUGCAAGGCUCGAUCCUGAAACCGCUGUUUUGAUGGAGGAGAUUGGCCUUUGGUGUGGCCCCAAGGCAAGCAUUGCCAUCAUGCCAGUUCGCUUAGGAGAAAAUACGCUGUUGGGGUUUGAUUGCUGUUAUAGAAGGGAUGAAGUGAUAGAUGACGAACAAGGGAAGGAACAAUGUGUCAAACAUCUAGGACAAUUCUAUGGGGAGUUUGAUUCUGUGGUGCAGAAAGUCCUUUUCCAAGCAGAAGACGUAAGGACGUGGAGGCUGAUGGAAGCUAAACCAUCCUCGUGGGGAGGCGGCAUGGCCCUUGAGGAUGGAGCUGUGCUUGCAGAAUGUUUGGAGCGCGCAGGUCAUCUCAAAGAUAUCUCGGGAGCUCUAAAUAUGUUUCAAAUGAUUAGACAGCCGCGUUGUACGCGUGUCCAGGAAUGGAGCGCCAGGAAAGGUCGACGAGCGACUCUGCCCGAUGGAUCUGAACAAAUGGAGCGUGAUACGAACUUGAAAUCAUUCAAUGGAUGGAUGAAAUUGGGGGCUACUCGGAAUAUUGGCGAGCUUCCAGAGCCUGAGUCACCAGCGUGGAAGCCAUGGUUAAGCGGAUAUGACGCAGUGAGAGUUGCAAAUCGUGAGCUUGACAGAAUAUAUGGCACGUAA